CGGGCCGCGGGGCCCCGGGCCCGGCGCCGCGUCGCCAUGGCAACGCGCGGCGGCACCCCGCUUCGGCACGGACUACAGCUCCCGGCAGGCCCCGCGCGCGGCUCCCGCCCCGCCCGCGCUCCUCUCGGCCAAUGGGACGCCGGGCGGUGCCCCGCGGGGACCAAUGGCGCUCGGGAGGGGGCGGGACGUGCGGUUGCCAGGGGCAACGCGACCCGGAUGCGGUUGCAUGUGAGGGCCCGGGCGGCGGCGGGGCCUGGGACCGGCCCCGGUAACCACGGCAACCGCGGCCCCGGGCACCGGGAACCGGCACCGGGAACCUCGGGAACCCAGUCCCGGGAACCGGGUGCCGGUACCCCGCUAACCGGCCCAGCUAACCCCGGCCGCAUCCGGCCCCGGGGCUGCGGGCGGCCUGAGGGGGCCGCGGGGCCCUGAGGGGCCGGUAACGGGGAGCAGGGGACGGGGGGGCUCAGCCCCGCUGCCCGCUGUCCUCCGCCCGCCCUCCUCAGAAGCCGCGGGUCCCCCGGGGUUGGUGCUGCCCGGAGCCCCUUCCCCCCCGUCAGAACGGGGGCAGGAGUUUGAAGGGACAGGUCCUGGCCCUGCCCUGCUCCGCGUGUCCGAGCAGCGCACAGCCAGCAGGCAGCUGCGUCCCCACUGCUGAAUGAAGAGGUAAAAAGCCAAAAGUGCAGGAGCCAUGGCAGGAGCUAUGGUACGCAUCGGAGACCAGCUCAUCCUGGAAGAAGAUUACGACGAGACGUACAUCCCCAGCGAGCAAGAAAUCCAGGAUUUUGCAAGGGACAUCGGGAUCGACCCUGAGAAGGAGCCGGAGCUGAUGUGGCUGGCCAAGGAAGGCAUUGUGGCCCCGUUACCGCCCGAGUGGAAGCCCUGCCAGCAUAUCACUGGUGAUAUCUACUACUUCAACUUUGCUAACGGCCAGUCCACGUGGGACCACCCCUGCGAUGACCACUACAGAGAACUUGUCACUCAGGAGCGAAAGAAGCUGCUGGAACGCGGCGGUUUGAAAAAGAAAGAGAAGAAGAAGAAAGACAAGAAAGAAAAGAAAGACAAGAAGGAAAAGCAGGCACUGAAGCGACCCGCUGAAAUGCAGCCAGGGAUUCUUCCUUCGACACCCUUUUGUCAGAUACCCUGUGCCAUUCUGUCCCCUGGACAGGAGAGCCCCGAGCCAGAACCAGAUAGCCAGAUUAGAAAUGAAGGCCUCUUUGACAAAGGCAAAUGGAGAGCAUCAUGUGUAACGGAUUUGUGGAGGCAGUUUGCAGACAUGUGGCCAAACAACCCGCACCCUAUCCUGGUAUCAGAGUUCAGCAGGCCGUACCACACCUUAACUGAUGCGGUGACAGUUUUAGAAAACGGCCCACCUUUUGGCAGCUUUGAUGUAGACAUCCACCAGGAGCAAGGUAUACCUUUGGCAGUACAAGAAAAUCUUUGUUCCAGUUCUUCUGACUCACAGUCUGACGAUGUAGAGGUGAGGCCAACAGUGCAACCUUUGCAUGUGUUAAAGAAAUCCUAUUCGCAAGACUUUGAGAAUGUUAAAACUCCACCAGAAUCCCCUGAAGACAAAAUCCCGCUCUUUGAUGAAAAGCUGAAAGGAAAGCAGAAGAUUAAAGACAUGAUGGAUGACUGUGUCCGUAAAUCUGAUCAUCCUUUCUCAGCUGGAGAGGAUACAGGAACUGGUGGGGAUGUGAGAAGAAGUCCGAGCUUAUUGCAAGCCAGAGAAGAAAGAUUUUACUUCAGGAACCCUGAAAUGACUCCCUUUGAUGCCAGUGCCACAAAUGACUGGGGUUUGCAGGAGACAGUUGAUGCUCCACACGCUCAAGAAGAGCUAAGCUCCCACAGCAAAGUAUCUCAGAGCAGAAGUAAGAGAAGAGUUCAAGGUGGGGAGGCUUUGGCUCAAGCUAGCAACCUCUGCAAGAGCAAUGAGAGCAGCAGCAGACCUGAGAGAGAGGGCUCAAAGCAAGUGGAGCUGACGAAACUAGAAGUAGAUACAAAAGGAGACAGCGUGAAUGUGGUGCUAGAGAGCCUACCCACGGCCCCUGAAGAGACCGUGAGAACACAACACUGCUUCCAAGGAACAGGUUCAAAGGGAGGAACUGAUGUGGAUCUGCAUUCUGCAGUAAAUCCUACAUCAAAAGAUGUUUUUUCAUCUGCCAGUGAUGGCUGUAACGAUGACGAAAGAGGUGGUGUGAUGUCAGAGUGUGAUAGCAGUGAUUUGGACAGUUCUCAGAAUGAUAAUGCACCGCAGAUACUGGGAGUGAGCCAUCAAUUCUCCUCCCUACACAAUGAGUCUGAGAGACCAAAGGACGUGUACCCUAUCACAGAAGAGCCUGUGCCACCUCCUCCCGUCCUGGGAUCGUCCCCGUCUCAGAUAUUGAGUGCUGCCGAGAAGUCAGAGAGAGAGGGUAGCUCCAAGGACGUGAAACUGUGCCACACAUUGCAGGAAUGUGAAGAAGGUGCCAGCCCAGAACCUGAACGUGUUAGUUUUUUGGUGGAUUCAUGUGGGAAAUGCACAGCCCAGGAGGCUAACAGUGCUGGAGUGCAAACAGAAGUGAAGGAAGAACAUGGCAGGACAGGUCAAGCUCCCGGAGCACAGGGAGAUAAGGUCCCAGAAGAACUGCAGGUUCCCCCUGGGAAUCUCCGUCAGAGGGCUGACUGCCAGGGAAGCACCAGUCUCUGCCAGCACGUGGAAGUGGAGACGACCCAAACCAGCCAAACUGCUGAGAAUUGCAGCAAAAUAGAGGUUGGUGAAGGAGCAGGGAGGAACGAGUCUUCAAGAUCCCCGCUAGCACCUGUGCAGGCUCCGUUGGGGAACCUCGCUCCGCUGCGUGGCCCCGUGGCUUCUCCAGCUGGCAUCCUUCGUGGUUCACUGAACUCGGACGUGGGAAGCUCUGUGGACUCCAGUCUUGCAGCCAGAGGAGAAACUCGGCCUGCAGAGCCCUGUAAGCCCACUGGCCAGACCACGAAGUUGCUGGGACUGGUCUGUGAAGACAAGAGCUCUCUAAACACAGUACCUUUAGAUAACAAGAGAAAUGAAGAGGAAGAAAGCGAGAAUGAGAGUCUCCGUGGGACAACAAGACUGUUCAAAAACCUGCACAUGGAUGUCAGUGCCUUGGGAGGCAGCUUUGAAUCUGAGGAGACCAGCAAAGCGGAGGAGGAGGACUUUGGCAGCCGCUUAGCUGAUGUCCCUGAAGCUCGCCUCCAGCACCAGAGGAGUCCCGCAGAGGAAGCUGGCAGUCUGAGAGAGAAGGAGUCUUUAAAAUCAAGACAUGCUGAAGAAGGGCAUGAGUCUUCCUUGGAUGCCGAUGAUGCAUGCCCUGCAACGCCGAUUAAAGUCCUUUCCGGAGAUGCUGACAGCAGCCUUUCUGGCCAGAACAAAGAGGAUUCUGAUGGGAAACUUGCUGGGAAUGAACCACCAGCCGAGAAAGAUGCUGAGGUGGAAGGUGACGUCUCGGCAGCUGAUGAGCUGCCACGGUCUCUGGAGGAACGGAGAGCACCAGGGACAGAUGUGCCCGGCAGUCCUGUGCAACCCAGAGCUGCAUCUCCAGCUGCUGAAGCUGCUGAGGCAGAUCAGCUGGCAAGCCUGGCUGUCACCGUUGACACCGUGUCUGUUGAUGAAAAUAUAGUAAAUGAAAUGAGGGAAGAAGCAGCUGAUCUGAAAACAGACAGCAGGCUGGAUGCUGGCAAACUUUCAAAGGCAUCCGAGACCAGUGAAUGUGUGGAGGACUUGCAGGCUUCCAACCGCUCAGACCACGAGCUGAUUCAGCAUAUGGACUUGGCUUUCCAGAGUCGGUUUUCGGAGCAGGUAUUGGAUGUGGGUGUUCUGUCUCCUGUUUUAGACAGCCCUGUGUGCAAGCAGGCAUUUGAAGUGUUGGCAUCCUGCUUUGCUGGCAUCGUUGCUGCGAGAGCGGUGAGGAGCUGGAAGCAGGCAUGGGAUCUGAGCUGUUGUGUGCUGGAGACCGUGGAAAUCCUCCUGUCGAGGCCCCUUGGGGGCUAUGCUCUGCAGAGAGAAGACGGCCUAUUAUCUGUCAUCCUGCUUUCAUGUGUCCAGGAGCCUGGCUUUGUAUUGCGAGCGUGUGAGAUUUUUCCUGUGGGACUCAGCCUGGUGUUUAAGCAGGACAGAAAACCAAGCUGCGAGCAGUAUUUGGUGCUUCCUCUGGGACUGCUGGGGAUCCUGAGGCAACAAGAAGGGCAAGGCUCCAGCAAUUUCACAGACAGGGCUGCCCAGGAGCUGGGAGAAGAAGAGAAAGAUCAAAGCAAAGCCAGUAUAGAAGAAGAGCAAAGCAAAAGAACGAAAGCUGCUGACAGUGAGAGGGAUCAGAGUGGUUGUGAAACAUCAGGACAGAAGUGUGUUGCUUUAGAAAACCCCAAACAAGAAGAGGCGGUGGCCCUGGAGCUGGCGGAGGGAUCACUGGAUAGCCUAAUCAAUCUGGAAGAGCUUGCUGCCCCACAGAAAGAGCAACCUGAAAAGGAAAUAAAACAAGAGCAGUCCCUGAGCCAGCCUAGUGAAGAAUCCCUGGAGGGAAUAGCCAAGGAGCUGGAGAAGGAGAUUGAACAAGAGAAAAUGCACUUACUGCAAGCAAAGGAGGAGAAAAUUCAGCAAUUCCAGGAGGAGAUGCGGCAGCAGGAAGAAGAAGAAGCUCAGAAGCUUCAUCAGCAAAAAGAAAAAUCCCUCAGGACUCUGAAAGAGGAUUUGGCAAAGGCUUCUGAGGAAGAAGAGUUGCGUGUGAGAAAAGAAGAAACUGAGAGACUCUCAAAGCUGCGAGCCAAAAUCGCCUCAGAGACAGAGGCAGAGGAGGAGAAGAUAAGGGCAGAGCAAGAGUUCAUGCUGCAAAAAUUGAGAGAAGAGUGGGAAUCACUGCAGGUAACAGAGAAGAAGAGCCUGGAGAGGAAGAAGCAGCUUGUUUUGGAGAAAAUGAACCUGGAAAUGGAGGAAGCUCAACAGCGAGAGAUGGUCAGGCUGGAACAAGAGAAGGAACAAUUUCUGAGGGAACUUAAGGAGAGAUUAGAAACAGAAAAGAGAAAGGCAACAGAGGAGCUGGAGAAACAGUUUGCAGCUGAACUCCAGCAGCUGAAAUCUGCAGCAGAAGAGAAGCAUCAAAAGGUCAUUUCUAGCUUACAAACCCAGGCAGCGGAGGCGCAGAGGAGUAAGGAGACUUGGCUGCAUGAAGACUUGCAGAGAGCAGAGCAGAAAAUGCAGCAAAAAGCGUAUCAAGUAAUGGCAUAUGAACGUGAGCUCAGUGAGCUUAUGAGAGAGAAACGCCAGGGAGUGGAAAAAGACCAUGAGAGGAAAAUGGAGAGGAUGAAAGAGGAGCACCAGGAGGUCCUGGCAAGGAUUCAGGAUCAGUAUGAAGAGGAGGAGAGAAAGCAAAGAGCAGAACUGUUGGAAGGCCUGAGAAGUGAGAUGGCACGCCUCCGACAGCUUCAUGAAGUGGAGGUGAAAGCUCUGCAGGCAGAGCUGGAUGAACGGCUGACCCUAUUGCAGAACAGGCACAGGGAGAAGGAAAGAAAGCUACAGGAUUCAGAAAAUGAGCUUGAAAUACGUGCAAAGAAUGUCAAAGCGAGAUCAGCGCAGCUUCUUAGCCAGGAGGAAUCUCUGAGGAAGAAAAGGCAGCAGCUGCUGGAUGAAGACAGACGGACUGAGCUAGAAAGAGAUGAAGCUGCUUUAGCUUCUCAACUCCGCCUAGAGGAGAGUCGGAAGGAGCACACCAACCUUCUUGAGUCCAUCCGGCAACUGCGUAAGUCUCUUGAAGAGCUCCAAGACCAGAAGUCUGAGCUGGAGGCCCAGGUGGAUUUGUUGCAGACCCGAAGCCAAAGGCUGCAGAAACGUAUCAGUGAGCUUGAGGCAGCUGUCAGGAGCAAGCAGGAGAUUUUGAAAGAACUGGAGGUAGAAGAAAGCGUGGAGUCUCCAAGAAGGAAAGCUGAGCUCCAUGUUGAAGACCUGAGAGAAACAGUUCAAGCUCACUCAUCCAAAGAGCCUGCCUCCCCACCUUCUCAAAGCCAUGAGGACAGCAACUUGCAGUUUGAUCAUUGGUGUCAGAAGCUACAUCUCUGCCUGAAGGGAUCUCCAUUAGGAACUGCCAAGGAAUUCCUGGUACGCCAGACCCGCUCCAUGAGGAAGAGGCACACGGCGCUGAAAGCUGCCAGGCAGCGGUGGCACCAAGAUAUGCAGGAAGCACAGGAGGUGGUGCAGGAUCGUGACAGCUCCCAGCUUCUGGAGGGAGUGCGCAAGAACCUGGAAGAGGAAGCAAAGCAGCUGGACAAGAUGAAGUCAGUUAUGCGGAAAGGACAGGUGCUGCUGAAGAAGAAGGAAGAGAAACUAAGCCAGCUGGAGUCAUCGCUGUUGGAGGAGCUUUCAGAUGAAGAUACACUGAAGAGUACUGCGUGCAAGAAGAUGGUGACUUUUGAUGUCAGCAACUCUGAGGACACAAACAGCAUGUCCAGUGCAAGCUUAGGUCAGCCUAAAUUUGACUUGAGAACGGAACAACAGGUUGGCCCGCAGCUGGACAAGAUCCAAUACCUGACAGACUCUCUGCAGCUUAUCACCAGAGAACUGAAUGGGGUCCUUGGCGUUUUGAGCUCUCUGAACAACCACCGGUCUCCACUCUUCACUUCGACACAGGUGCCCUCCAAUGGUGUCCCUCUUUCUACCUAUGCAUCCUUGGCAGGACUUCAGGCAGGUGGCUCCUUGGUGCCCCCCGCUGGGGUGUCUCUGGUGGACCAGUGGGUCCGGAGCACUGGGCUGAGCUCCAGUCGCUCUGUCACAGCUGGGCAGACAGUGGACAGCAUCCUGGCAGAAAAGUGGCACAAGUAUUUCCCAGGUGGGUUCCCAUCACUCAGUGGAAGUUCCGGUACUCUGGACAACAAGCUGGGAUACGUACCUGCAGACGAGCAAAUUCGCCAGUUCCAGCACUCCCAGUUCCAGAGCCGUGACUCAGACAAGAUGAGUAUUCAAGGAAUGAUUGAGACCAACAAGAAAUGGCUAGAAGACUUCAAGAGGGAUUCAAAGGUACCUCUCUUCCCAGGUGCACAGAAGCCUCCUGCCAGCAGCCCCAGCCUACUUCAGCUAGGACUGGAUGAAAACAGACAAAUAAAAGUGUACCAUUACUGAAAGGUGGGACUUGGUGUUUUCAGGACCUGGAGAGGUGGUAGCUGGGGCCUGCGUAGUCCCCCUAACAAUUUGUUGGGGUUUGGUCAUACCCAGCCAACGCUGUUCUUUGCGCUCUGCCCUUGAAAUAAAGUCUCUUUACAAGAGAGUGGAGGAAGGAGGAAGUGAACUUCCCAGGUGGAUUCUUCUAAUCCUGUAAUGUGUCCAAAUAUACUUUAUAGACUGUUUAAUCCAGUGGUGAAAUAUCAGGGCUUCAAUAAAUCAACAGUUCUCUCAUUAGUAUUCUAGCAAUCAUGAAGCAGAGCUGUGAAUCAUGGAGGACUUUGAGUAACUGGUCAAGGGGGAGGAGGCGGAUCUGUCUGAGACUUUGCUGGAGGAAAUGUGUCAGGAAAUGAGCCCACGCUGAUGCCCCACACAUGCUUAAUUGCAGGUGAGCCAAGUCAUCUGGCUUUUGUGGCAAGUGCACAAAGAGGGGAGAAUGAACAGCAAAAUGGGUCGAGUCUGGGGAUGUAACUGGGAACAGUAGAUUGUAACUCCCUGCAAAAUGUUCCUGUCUUGUGGGGCGGAAGCAGUAGGAACAAAACCAAGGAUGGCUUUCAUGGCAGAUUUUCUAGAAAAGAGCUCCCUGCUUCCUCCUUUUUCUGCCAGGCUGGCCAGAACUGCACAGCAUGGCUGUGCUGUGGGAGCUCGUCUCAUGUAUUACAAAUGUGCUGAUGGCAACGCAGAGCAGGGAUGGCAAGAGAGCACGGAGCAGUUCCUGCUGGUGCAGGCGCUGUUAGGGCUCUCAGCCUGGUGUGAAUGUUCAGAGGAGAUAAAGCCCCACCUGCGGCCUUCCCUACCCUGGGGAGAGGGAUCCGGAGCUCAGCAGCUGGGGUCUGCUCACACGCAGCAGGGCUGUGCAGGCAAACCUGAGCCUUGGUGCCCAGCCUGGGACCUGGAGCAGCUCUGCUGGGCUGUGGGGAGAGCAGACUCCUGAGGCCACGGCUGGGAGCAAGGCUGAGGGGCUGGGAUGCGUUGCUCUCAGAUACGAGGAGGAGGCACACCGCUCUGCUCAGUGGGUGCACUACCUGUGGUGCUGGAGGGGCUUGGUGCAGGGCACGGCAGCACCCUGCUGGAACACAGAGCUGCGAGGGGGCAGGUGGUGCUCGAGCCGGUCGGGGAGAAGUCAGACUCGGCUUUCAUACUGCUAAGUGGGAAAAGUGGUAUUUGGUUGUUUUGUCAGCCUUUCCUCCAAGCUGACUUUAAAUAUUUAAUGCUUUAAAAAACGCUGUACCAUUUGCCAUUUUGUCUGAUGAGGAAGUCUGCAUUUCAAGGGAUCCCAUCUGUGAGAAAUCAUCUUCAAAGUCGUUCUCUCUAGAGACAGCUGAUGCAGGGAGGAUGGUAAAGUUGCUGUUCUUCACCCUUCAGUGCUGUUUGUGUUUCUCAGUGUGGCUAAUGAUGCGCAGCAAAGUGAGGCAGAACUCCCCCUCCUGCUUUGCUUCCUGGUUGUUGUAUACUGGCACAACAUUGGAACAGUUCAUGCUGUGAGUGUGGCAGGGGAAUGUUUACAUGCAAAUAGAAAUAUAUUUUUGAUGAACAUUUUAAAACUCGAGAAGAAUGUCUGUGUUUCCUUAUUUUUUUUUUCUUUUUUUUGCUGGACUCUAAGUUUUCUGAAUUCCUCCUCCCACCUUUGUCUGGGGAUCUUCUGGCCAGGCUCCCGUUUGUGGGUCUGAGCAGAGGCUUCAGACCUCCUCAUGGGUCCUCUAACAAAGCAGGGGUGGUCCUCGUGCAGGCCCCAUCACACCGAUGUCCUUGCUGAAGGAAUCCCAGCAAGCUCGUUCUGGCCCUGGAUGAAUGGGGAGACCUCAGGUGACCACAGGGAACGGCAGCUGGCUGGGGGAAUCCCUCCUCCCUAGGAAGGGAUGGAUCAAAACGCAGAUUUCCUGUCUGCUGUGGGGUUUACACCAAUCCCUGUCUGCAGGGAUGUUGCUUUUAGUUUCCCAGCUCUCGGAGGGACUCCUGGCAGUAGCUCCAGUUGGUUUUGCAAUAACCCCACCGUGCUGGCUUCCUGCAGCACGGGCAGGCUGUCAGCCUGCUGGACACUGUCCGCAAAGCCACGUAGCUGAGCCCAGCCUGUGUCCUGAGCAGCGGGGAUGAGUGUGGAGAAAUGCCUGCUUCCUUAGCAAUAAUAUGUUCUGAAACACGUUUAUCUUUCCUGUUGAAACUUGCGAUAGCUGUAUCUGGUUUUGUAAGCAAAUUAAAUCAACGUGAGUCUGUUUUGUAUGAUGGUGACAUUUGUAGCUUUAUUUUUUCCUUGUCGAGCUGUGCUGUCGUAGCCCUCGAUAGCCAGCUGGUACUUACCUUUCACAUCUUCCCCUCACUUGUCUCCAGGCUGCUUCAUGUUUUGUCUUGUCAAGGUCAUUUCUGGCAAUUUUUCAAGACCACUUCAGCUCGCUGUAGCUUUAUUACCAUUAUUCUAUUAAGUGUCUGGCCACGGUAGCAAAUGCAGGGGCAGAUAGAAAGCUAAAAACAAAACUACAAAAGCAAUUCUUCAUGGGGCUUUCAGCCAGCAGGACAGCUUUUCAUGGGCUUGUAUCCUGCCCUUUUCAUACAGCCGUCAUCCAGCCCCGUUACGAUGGUUAUCUCCCUCCUGAGCUUCGUGUCAAGGCUGCGAGGCGGGCGCUGUGCCGGAGGGGACCAAGGCCAGCUCAGCUGGGGCUGGAGGACAGCGGGCAGAGGGGCUCUCCCUGCUUUUCUCUCCCCAUCACUUAUUCCUUCCCCUGCUUCUUUCCUUCCAGCAGCCCCGGCACGCCCCUAGCCAGCCCUGCCAGCUGUGCACAUUGGCUCUUUUGGGGCUUUAUUUGAAAUGGUCUGGUUAAAGGCUCAGCUCGCCUGGUCUCAGCACUGCAGUGACGGCUGCCUCCGUGCCCUGCCCGGGGGCUCUCCUGUGCUGAGAGGCUGCAGGCGUGUAACACGGGCAGUGGCAGAAAUGAGGAGAGAGAUUGUCACCACAAACAUGGUCUGAGGCUGCGUGGGGCACACGGCGGGGCUGGGGUGGAUGCUGCUGUCCAUGCUGGGCAGAGGAGGGCUGCUGGAGCUGAGGGACAGCAGGCACAGGAGGAACAGUGUGAGGAUCUGCUGGCCGUGCAGAAACCGAGCCCAGCAUUUCGGUUUCUCCAGGUGCUUUGGGUUUCUCCAGGAGCGGCUGAGUCUCUUGGUCUUCCACCCCACUCCUGAAGCAGUGACUGUGCAGAGAGCACAGGACAGCCCUGAGAAACCCCCAAAUCCCACCUGAAAUAGAUACCUUCUGGGUGCGGGAGGGUUUGCUGUGAUCCUGCUGAGAAGCAGGCCAAGCAGCGGAGUUUUGCUGCGUGCCGUGGCUCUGAGGUGUGGGGGCUGUGUUGGGGUGGGGGUGUGCUGGCCUGUAGGUACCUAGGGGAAGAAGAGGAUUUGCUUUUCCUGGAAUGCCAGCACCAUACAUGCCGGAGAAAUUCAGCGAUUAGAAGAGCAAAAGGACAGCGGGUGAUUACUCUGCCGGGAUGAACACGAGCCCUAAGCUCAUUAAGGGGCUUGGAGCCUGCCUGCUGCAGAAGGGGACGUUUCAGUCGCCGGCUGCUCAGCCCGCUGGGCAUCCCUCCCGGAGCUCAGCCCUCCCAGGACGGUGGGAGCCCCUCGGAGCCCCCAGCCAUGCUGGCGUCCCUGAUGACAGCGCUGUUUUUUGUGGUGAGAGCAUUUGGGCAGGUGAGUCCGGGCUGGCCAGGCAGCAGGUAGGAUUCGGUGCUUUCAGUCUUAUUUCUAGGGGUGUGUUACUUCGUGGGCAGUGCAGAAUCCAGGCUCAGCUACAUCUGUGAGCCGUGGCUCCCUGCAGCACGGCUCGGGCUGUGCCAUGAGCUGUGAUCCUGGUGAUGCAUACGCAGGAGCAGCUCUUGGUGGUGUUUAACUGCAGCUCUCGGAGCUGCCCAUCAGCUUCUCCCCCGUCCUGCUGCAAACCCUUUCUCCACGCAGCUCGGGACCAGCCUGUUCCGUGAGGAGCCCCUGCCCUACCUGGUGUACCAGCCCCUGCCCUGGCAGAUCCAGUGCGUGACGCAGAGCCGCCGCACCAGCCGGGACAGCGAGAAAGGCAGGAGCUCUCGUCAGAACAGCAUCUACUCGAUUUCUGGAGAGAAAGGCAACGUCACCCCUGACGCCAGCAGCGAGGGCAGGUUCUUCAGCGACCCUUCCGAGAAGGCGGCCGUCACCAUCCAGACCCACUUCAGGAGGUACCAGCAGCAAAAGCAGGAGAAGAAGUAGCUGCCUUGCCCACGCCCUGCAUCAUCCCUCCUCUUGUCUGUUGUGUUCCCCAGCCAGAUUUGUGCCCGUGGUGCCCGUGAACCCACUAGGUAGCUCUUGGUGCAUGCACAGCUGUAGGUGCUCUGUUGUUGGCUGCGGGUCGGUGGGGUCCUGGUGGCUCCUUCCUUCCCCAAAUAGCACUGCCCCGUGGCCAGGGACCACCAGCAAGGGGCUGUUGGCUGGGACCUCAGCACCCAGCAGCUCUGGCACUUGUCCUUUCCCUGGUGGCAGCACCCCCAGCUGCGUGGUGGCAGGCCCUGGGGCUGCACAGCUGAGGGCUGUUGUGCCCAGCCAGCUGCCCAGCUGGGGCUCGUUGUGCUCACAACAGCUCCACUUUGCAGCUGGAGCUGGGGUUGGAACAUCAGCUUUCUUCCCUGACCCAACACGGUGCCUACGAGCUGGCUGGGAAUGGGGUGCCACCAGGUAAGGGGAGCAGGAGGUGUGCCACGUGCUGGGUGUGAGCUGAUUUUUGCUUUUCUCGGGCAGCACUGGGUGUCCUGGCUUUGGAAUGAGAGGGAGACUGUUUUUUAGCAGCUAUUUUUGAGUACUGGCUUUCCUAGUGUGCAGAGCUCUCGAGAAAGAGGGAAAAAUAAAAACAGAGAUAGGAGGAGCAGGACUGGGCCACCAGGGGUUGUUUGGGGGGUUGGUGAGGACACCGAAUGUGCUGCGGCACACGCAGGAGGUGCUCAGAGGGAAGGGUUGGCUGCCCGUCUCCUGCUGAAGGCAAGGUUUGGCGAGCACGGCUCGAAGCAGCUCUGUUCCCCAGCGCCUGGCUCAGUGCUGUGCCCAGCUUUGGUGCGUCCCAGGGGAGAGCAAAGCGCAGCGGGUUCACGGGGAGCAGGGGGCGUGCUGGGGGGGUCGUGCUGGUCACCUGCAGGGAGUUCGGGUUCUGGUAAUGAGCAACACAAAGCCACGGUCUGUAACUGCUGGGGAAGGUGAAGGGGAGAAUUCUUGUGAAGAUGUAGAGGAAAAUCUGUGCUAGCCGAUUACAAUAAAGACAUGUUAAUCUGUU